AUGAGCUCGUCUGACUCAGAUUCCGACAGCUCGAAGCAUUCAGUAUCAUAUUCUUAUUUCAAGGAUAAGUCUGUAUCAUACUCACUCUCCAAGGACAAAUAUGUUUCUUAUUCUUUAUCAAAAGAUUCAUCAAAGAAAGAAGAAGCUAAAAAGGAAGAGCCACAAAAAGAAGAACCAAAGCAAGAAGAACCUCCGAAAGAGGAACCAAAAGAAACUCCACCAGAAGAAGUCAAAAAACCAGAAGAACAACCAAAAGAAGAGAAUUCAGUGUCUUAUUCACUCUCAAAAGAAGAUAAACCAAAGGAAGAGCCUCCAAAAGAGGAACCAAAAGAAUCUCCACCAGUAGAAGAGAAGAAACCAGAAGAACAACCAAAACAAGCUGAAGAACCACCAAAGGAAGAAAAUUCAUCAAAGAAAGAAGAGCCUAAAAAGGAAGAACCUAAGAAAGAGGAACCAAAACCAGAGCCAAAACCAGCUCCAAAGGCUGAAGAAAAGAAACCAGAACAAAAACCCGCCAAAGAGGAAAAACCAAAGCCGCAAGAAAAACCAGCCGCUCAAACAACUACAAAUACAACUUACGUCAACGCUGUUAACUACGAUGUUCAAGAACCUCUUGAAUUUUUACCAGGAGCUGUUGAAAUCGACGAAAUCAGGCCUUUUGUCACAGAAUCAGAUACAUGGAAGAACGAUUCUAAGAUCGAAGCCUUCUUAAAUGGAAAAGAUAUGGUAAAUAAAGAAUGGAAUUCAAAAAUCGUUUCUGGAUACACUACAACACCAAAUAUUCUUGCUACAGAAACAACAAAGGAUAUUUACACAGUUCCAAGCUACAAGAAGCACCCCGUUGUUCAAUUUUACGCUGAAGAUUACAGAGAAUUAGUUAUUAAUCAGCCAAACAAUUCUUCUAAGUCCGUUGAACCAACCCGUGAUAUUUUAUACCAAACUGAAUUACCAAAUGCCGAAAAUCCUGUUGUAAAUUCAGAAAUCAAUACUUAUAUCACAGAACAAUACUUUUCAAUCAAUGGAAAGCCAAACCACGACGUUGCAAUACCAGAAGUUGUUCCUGUUAAGAGAACAGAGUUGAAAUUCUUGGAAAUCGAACUUUCCGAAUUUAAGACAAACACAUUAGAGCAAAUCGAGCCAAUCAUAUUCAACGGAUACUUAUUCAAGUCUGGACGUAUCAUUACUGAUCGCUGGGCUUUCACUACAAACGAAUCUGCUCAAAUUUUGAAUACAAACGGCGUAAACUUCAAACCAAGACAAAAAGCCGCUUUCGAACUUGGCAACAGUGCAUUCCUCGCCAUCAACGAUAAGAUCAAGAGCCAAGAAGAGUAUCUUGUCAUCGAAUUACUCCGUCCUUUGUUAGUUGACAACGGUGCCGCCGUCAACAAGUACUAUCUCAAGCCAUCCAACGCAUCCCAAUGCAUCAAAGCCAGAGAAUGCGUCAAAACAUCGUUCCCAAGAACGAAACAAAUCUUUGCAACGUUUGCUUACACAUUUGUUUCGCUUAAAGAGCUCACAUCAGGCUAUUCCAUCGAAUUACAACAGCCAAUUCUAUGUGAUACACCACCAAAUAAGGAAUUAUUAGCGAAAUUCCUCGAAAAACCGAAGAAAGUCACAUCCAGAAUAUUACCAUUCCAAAUGAUACUCAAGGCCAAGGAAGAAACCGCUGAAAGCGUAAGACAACUCCAAGAUGAAGGAUAUGAAGUUAUUCAUUCCUUGAUUCAGAAUCCAAACAACCUUGCCUUCCAAUUCCGCAACCAAAUAACAUUCGGAUUACGUGAUACUUCCUUCAAACCACCAAAAGGAAUCAAAGCCAGAAAUAUCUUAGCGAGAAUUACUAUGGUUCCUGGCAAACAGAACGACAAGAAGCCAAUAAAACUCUUGCACUCCAACAUUGACGACUCCUAUGUCGAUUCCGUUGUCACACAAACCAUAUAUCAUAAUGAAACUCCAGAAUUUGACGACACAUUUGUUGCAGAUUUACCAAAUCCACUUCCUAAAGAGCUCGGCUUCAACAUCGAGUUCUUCCACGGUGUUGCACAGUUAUCAGAUGUUCCAAUGAUGCCUGUAGGACGCUGCUACGCCCCUAUUUACAAUGAAAAAGGUAUUUUUGAGAACAGAAAGAUCACAUUACCAAUACAUUAUGAGAAAACACCAUCACCUAAAGAACUUGAUCCAAAGAACCACGCGACAUUCUUCAUGGUUCCUCGUUCACAUUUCUUAGCCGAGAAUGUUUCUCUGCAGAAAUUCCUUGUUUACGCAAGUUGCUGCUAUACAUUAGAUCCAGAAUCUCUUUCACGUGCGGACAGAGCAUCAUUGAACGAGUACAUGGUUCCAAUCUUAGAACUCACAACUAAACUAUCCAAUCAACAACCAUUGCGAGCAAUUCAUUGUUUCAUCACUUUGUCACAAAAAAUCGACAAAGCAACCGAAAAAGGAACUGCCGAACAAAGAUUUGCAUGGUAUGCUAAAUCAGCUAGUUUCAGGACAGACAUGACAACUACCGAUCAAACAUCUGUUGGUUUGUUGAGUGGCUACAAAUAUUUCUUGGAUGAAAUGAAAGUCGAAAACGACCAAGUUCCUGUUGAUCACUCAAUUAUCAGAUUGAUUUUUGAUUUGGUCGUUAAAAGUAUCAUGUUGACAAAGUGCAGAACAUUCAUGAACGCAUUCGAAGAGUUCGCAAAUUCAUGGUCAAAAGUUUCAUACAAAUUAUCUCUCACAAAAAGUAACGAACGAAAUCAACAUUUUGUCACUUUUUGUCAUAAAUUAUUUGACAUUGGCUGUGGAACCGCUGUUUACGAAGCAAUUAAAGCAUUCUGGACAAACAUCAAAGAAGAAAGUGACAAGACUAUCUUUGUCAAUUUCGUUGAACAAAUAUUGACACCAAAAGUAUUCAUUUCAUUGAGUCUUUAUCACGAUGGUUUUAUCAACUUAAUCAGUGACAUCAUGAAGAAAUCUACACUUGACAAGAUGUUUUCAUCUAUCUUCACCGUUUGUGUUUCAUGCAUUGAUUGUUAUUCUAAUGAUUACAAAUGUCGUAUUACAACAAGAUAUCUUAACCGUCUUUCCGAUUUAUGUCCAAUUGGCAGUUUCCCAUAUGCAAACGAAGAUGAAAUCCAUCCAAUCCUCAUCUGGUUCACACUUCUUAUCCAAUACUUGGAUGACACAUCUAUCCAGUAUUUCUACAAACAAAUCAACAAAGACGAUUUCUUCAAAUCAGUUAAUUUUGUUUUGUCAAAGAUCCGAUAUAACGGCAAAGAUCCAAAGAACAACGACAAGAAAGUCAAACGACAGAAAGAGAUAACAUAUACAGUUCAUUUUGCAUCAUUGAAUAUUUUACGAAUUCUUUCUAAAGAAGGAGUUGUUACCGAAGAAAAAGAACUUAUUUUACUUGGUGAUCUUUACUAUCAUUUAUUCUGUGCAAACAAGAACAUCGACAUCAUCAAACCAUUGAUUGUCACUUUCACAGAUUUUGCUAUUCGAAACAUCGAAUUUAUGUUCUACAAAGUUCAACCAUGUUUUGCACGAUUCAUUGCAAAGAUCUUCAUCUUGAAUCCAAUUGCAGUUGAAGAAACUAACCAAUUCUUGUUCAAAUUAUAUGAAGCAGAUGAUAAAAUUACAUCUAAGACAUCAAAUAAACCAAACAACAACAAAUCCAAUGCUCUCUGUUACCGCGCAUUCAAUUCUAUCAGUAGUCUUCAGCGUUCACAAGUCAAACUGCAAAAGGACGGUGGCAAUCUUGUCAAGUCCAUGGUUUCCGACUUCAACGAAAUCAUCGAAAUCGAGAAACGUUUAUUGAAUGAACCAAAUCUUAUUGAUGAAGUUAAGAGCGAACUUAUCUACAACAAAGCAGUUAAAUUCAUUUGCAGUCCCGAUUCUGCAUUGAAUGAGUUAAAUGUUCUUGCCGAAUUCUAUUCAUCACGUCAGAAAUACGAAGAAGAAAUCCAAGUUUUGUUGUUACAAUCCGCUAUUAUUUUAGAAUAUUCUACAUUGUUAGGUAAAAUGAAAUUCAUUUGGGAUCCCGAUUUACGAUAUCAUCCCGGCCAAGUUUUGUUGCGUCUUUGCCCCGCAGUUACACAAAUCUCAUGUCCAAUCAGACUUAGUGAUGAUCCACCAUUCGUCCCAUCUUUCUGUGAUUCAACAAUUUUCUCCGAGCGGUCAUUCACCGACAUUUUACACACUAUCUUACAAAAGUGCCAAACUUGUGAACUCCAUGAAGUUGGUUAUUCACUUAUUGACAUUUUCUGGCCACUUCUUGAACACCACCGAAUGUUUGGUUCUCUUUGCAACUUCUUCAAGACACAAGAAUCUAUUUGCGAGAAAAUCGAGAAUUAUCCAGGCGACAAAAUCCGUCAAUUCGGUAAUUAUUACUUUGUCACAUUUUACAAUCAAAAGUUCUUUGGUAAAGAAUCCGGCAUCAACUACAUUUUCAAGGAGGACAACGAUGUCACGAUUGAUCAUUUCAAAGAAAAGUUAUUAAGUAGUUUCGAGAAUAUUCAUGGUAAAGACAAAAUCGAAAUUCACGAAUUCUCGGGCAAACUUGAUCCACGUAGUUUGUCACCAGACAAAGGCCACAUCCAAGUUUCGGAAGUCGAACCAAACUUCACACGGAAAGAGCUUGCCGAGCGAAUCACAACAUUCGAACUCGAACACGACAUCCAGAAGUUUGCACAAGACGAAAUCUUCGUGAAAGAUGGUCUUGAACUUGAACAGUCAGAAUACAGCGAUCGAUGGAUCCGUCGUCAGAUCUACAAACCUAACAAGUCCAUGCCAAGCUGCACACUUCGUGUUUAUGUUGCUAAGAAAGACAUCGACGAAGUUGAGUACUCGCCUAUCCGUGUUGCAUACCGAAACUUGUCACAACUUGUUAGCGAGAUGCGUAAUGCUAUCGAUGUCAAAGACUACGCCACAUUGCAAUCACACAUGAAGUUUAGUCUUUUAGACCUUGAGAGCCAGACACCUCUUAAUAUCGCCAAGAUUUUCUUAUCAGACAGAGAUCCAUCAGAAGCUAAAUACAACAAGAAACUUUGCAAUGCAGAAACCGAUUUCUUGAACACUACAAAGAAAGCACUUCUUAGCCAUGCGGAAUUCUGCAAACAGUAUCCAUCAGCAAUCCCUGUUCAGAAUGAACUCGAAUCUGCCUUCCAAAUCAUUUCAGAUUCUAUUACUCGAAUCAUCAACCAAAAUUAA